AUGGAUAAGUUUCGGAUAAUGGUCCAGUUCUUGCAAGCCAAUCAAGAGUCCUUCAUGAAUGGCAUCUGUGGGAUAAUGGCUCUGGCAAGUGCUCAAAUGUAUUCCUCCUUUGAGUUCACCUGUCCUUGCCUCCCAGACUACAAUUACGCGUAUGGAAUAGGCAUUCUCGUCGUUCCGCCUAUAUGGUUCUUCUUACUUGGAUAUGUACUUAACAACAACAUUUCAGUGUUAACCGAAGAGUGGAAGAGACCAGUUGGAAAGCGCAGGAAAGAUCCGGCGGUUUUGCGAUACAUGUUUAGCUCCAUGACGCAGCGCGCUCUCAUCGCCCCUGUUGUGUGGAUAGCUGUGACUUUAAUGGAUGGAAAGAGUUUUCUGUGCGCUUUCAGCGCCACGACGGAUUUAUCAGAGUUCAUCAACCAGAGCUAUCAUGGUUUAUCCAAAAAGGAGCUCCUGAAUUUACAAGCAAGAAUUCCAUGUAAAGACGUUUUUGAUAAGCAUGAGAUCAUCUCAAGAGAAGCGGCAACUAGGUAUAUUCGCUGUUUGUCACAGGCCUGUGGAUGGACCUUUUUAAUGAUCAUAACUUUGACAGCCUUCUUGAUAAGGGCAAUCAGGCCCUGCUUCACACAAGCCGCUUUCCUUAAAACAAAAUAUUGGUCUCACUACAUUGAUACGGAGCGCAAAUUAUUCGACGAAACAUGCAAAGAACAUGCCAAGAGCUUCGCCAAGGUCUGCAUCCAGCAAUACUUCGAGAGCAUCAGUGGUGAAAUUGUUUCAUGCCUGCAUCUACCCCAAAAGAAAGGAAAAGGUGACAAAGAUGACGAUGGAGAAAAACAAAAAAGUGACGAGGAGAAGAUUCUUGGGAUCCGUAAAGAAGAAGACAUGAAUAAAGUCCUGUGGAACUGGCAUGAAUGUAAACCCGCGCUAUUGCUGAAUAAACGAGCUCAAGAAGCGAAUGGACAUGCGCAUUCAGUUACUGAUGGCUUCUCGGAAAAGAAUUGCACUCAGACACCUAUGAAAAAAACAGCUGUGGCAUACUACUCCAAAGUCUGA